AGUCAAAUUCACAAAUCAUAAGUCACACCAAAAAAAAAGACACAAAUUAAACAAGAUUGGUAUAUUGUAGAAACCCUUUACUACUCUGUCUAAAGAUUCCUCUUCUUGUUCCUCUUCCUCUUUCACUUUCUCUCUCUAAUGGAGAAUAUUGGUGAUGAGUACCAUCGUUAUUGGGAGACCAGCAUGUUCCUCCAAACCCAAGAACUCGACAACUGGGGUUUGGAUGAGGCGUUGUCAGGCUACUACGAUUCGAGCUCGCCGGACGGUGCGGCUUCGUCGGCGGCGUCGAAGAAUAUUGUGUCGGAGAGGAAUAGAAGGAAGAAGCUCAAUGAAAGGCUUUUUGCUCUUCGAUCAGUGGUCCCCAACAUCAGCAAGAUGGAUAAGGCUUCAAUAAUAAAGGAUGCAAUUGAGUACAUACAAAAGUUGCAAGAACAAGAGAGGAUAAUUCAAUCAGAGAUAGUUGAGCUUGAGAGUGGUAUGAUGGUGGAGAAGAAGAACCCUAACAGCUAUGAAUUUGAGCAUCAGGAGCUUCCAGUGUUGUUGAGGUCCAAGAAGAAGAGAACAGAUGAGCUUUAUGAUUCUCUCAAUUCUAGAAACUCCCCUAUUCAUAUACUAGAGCUGAGAGUAACAUACAUGGGAGAGAAGACAAUAGUGGUAAGCUUGACAUGCAGUAAAAGGACAGAUACAAUGGUGAAACUGUGUGAAAUUUUUGAGUCAUUGAAACUGAAGAUCAUCACCGCCAAUAUCAGCAGAUGAAGAAGAAAAAGAUCUUUUGCAGAUAAAGAUCCAAACAGCAAUUGCAGCUCUUAAUGACCCUCUAAGUCCAAUGAGCAUUUGAUGAAGAAUAUAAUUAUAUUAUUAAUUGGAAGUUCCAACUUUUGGGUCAGUGGUGAGUGUUGGGUACAAUACAAGGUUCAAAUGAGUGCUAUUUGGGUGGUAUUUUCCUUAUCCCUCUUUGUUGUUCCCACUCAAAUCUUCUCAUCACUAGUGAAUAGUGUGAUUAAGUCUUCACCUUUGUUUUGUGGGUAAGUUGAGCAAGUUUUCUCAUAAAGUGCUUUCUGUGUCCAACAAA